UGUUGGGAGAGCCGGAAGAGUAGUUGUAAGGAAAAAAGCUAUACCCGUUUCACCUCAGAGACAGAGGGAGCAGAGGUUGCGUUGACGUAUUUUUUAUCAACAAUUUUGUCUAAAUUUCUGAAUAGGAGAACCUGCUGAAAACAUGUGGAGAGCAGCAGCUGGCCAGUCUGUCACCCUUCAAGAAAAUGAUGGUGGAGAUGACUGGGAGACAGACCCAGACUUUGAGAAUGAUAUAACAGAGAAGGAACAGCGUUGGGGUGCCAAGACUGUGGAGGGUUCAGGACAUCAGGAACACAUAAACAUCCACAAACUGCGUGAGAAUGUGUCAACGGAGCACAUCCAGCUGAAACAGAAAGAGCUGGAGAACAUGCCCAAGGCCUCCCAUGGAUAUGGGGGCAAGUUUGGGGUGCAGCAGGACCGCAUGGACAAGUCUGCUGUAGGCCAUGAGUAUCAGAGCAAACUGUCCAAGCACUGCUCCCAGACAGACACCUCAAAAGGCUUUGGGGGCAAGUUCGGAGUGCAGGCGGAUCGUGUUGACCAGUCGGCGGUGGGGUUCGAGUACACUGGCAAAACUGAGAAACAUGCAUCGCAGAAAGACUACACUACAGGGUUUGGGGGGAGAUACGGGGUCCAAGCGGACCGCGUUGACCAGAGUGCAGUAGGCUUCGAUUACCAGGGCAAAACAGAAAAACACGAGUCCCAGAAAGAUUAUGCGAAAGGUUUUGGUGGAAAGUUCGGCGUGGAAACAGACAAGGUGGACAAGAGUGCAGUGGGCUUUGAGUACCAGGGGAAAACGGAAAAGCACGAGUCCCAGAAAGAUUAUGUGAAGGGCUUUGGAGGGAAGUUUGGAGUGCAGACUGACAGACAGGACAAAUCGGCCAUGGGCUGGGACCACCAGGAGAAACUGCAGCUUCACGAGUCCCAGAAAGAUUAUAAGCGGGGGUUCGGAGGGAAAUACGGGGUAGAGGUGGAGAAGCAGGACAAAUGUGCCCUGGGCUUUGAGCACAAGGAGAAACUGGCCAAACACCAGUCUCAGCAAGACUACUCCAAAGGGUUUGGCGGAAAAUACGGAAUCCAGAAAGACAGAAUGGAUAAGAGUGCAGGUACUUUUGAAGAGGUUGAAAAGCCAAGCCCUGCUUAUCAGAGAACUAAACCUGUAGAAGCAGCGGGCACCAGCACUGGCAGUAUUAAGGCACGGUUUGAGAACAUUGCCAAGCAGAAGGAGGAGGAGGAUCGCAAGAGAGCAGAGGAGCAGAGGCUGCGCAGACAAGCCAAGGAGAAGGAGGAGCAGGAGGACGCCCGCAGAAAGAUAGAGGAGCAGGCCAAAGCGAAGCCUCCCUCCCCAGAACCCACCGCAGCCGCAGCUGCUGAGCCCCCACAAGAGGAGAAGCCCGCCAGCCCUGUGUAUGAGGACACUGCUGUGUAUGAAGAGCCUACCUAUGAGGGUGCAGUGGAGAACGGAGCUGAUCUGUAUGAGGCAGAGCCCACUGUCCCAAAGGCCCAGGACCAAGUGUACGAGGUGGAGCCAGAGCAGCCUGCCCAGGAAGAGCCACUCUACCAGAGCACCGACGAUGAUGCCCAGUACCAAGGAGAUGGCCAGAACUAUGCAGAGUAUGGGGAGGACCUGGGCGUGACUGCAGUGGCUCUGUAUGAUUACCAGGCCGCCGGUGAUGACGAGAUCUCCUUUGACCCUGAUGACAUCAUCACCAACAUCGAAAUGAUCGAUGAGGGCUGGUGGAGGGGCGUGUGCAAAGGGGCCUACGGGCUGUUCCCUGCUAACUACGUGGAGGUCAGGCAGUGAAACUCCCACUUAUCACUGGCCCUGCCUUAAUCGCGCCCACGCACAUGCCCCCCCUUCCCUCUGGAAGGAGAGAGGAGGUCACCCCCCUUUGUGUCUGUCCUGAUUGUGCCACUUGUAUUUCCAGUUUAUGUCUAUUCUCAGGUCUUUCGGCUCUACUUUACCUUUGUCUUCCCCACUCUGUCCUUAAGAUUUAAGGCCCUGAUCCCCAUUGCAAGAUUUUUGAAAGCUGCUUCUAAGUCCUAACUCCCCGUACAGGGAGACAGGUUUAGCUAUAUUAAGGGUAAAGUGUUUCCUGAUCUACUUCAGUGAGAGCAGAUGAAAUAGAAACAGGCUUGUCAGGCUUUUCUUUGGCUUAGACUGUAAAUCAUGAACCGACUCUUUUUCCUCUGAAAGGAUUUAAGUUUCUUUUUUUGAUUUUUUUUCUUUGAGUGAAACUAAUACAACAUGAGGUGGAGUUUCUCUGCAAACAAAAGAAUCAGAAGAUGAUUCCCAGUGGGUUCUAGUGUUUUACUCGCCUUGUAUCGCCUCCUUUAUUGUUUUAAGAUCACCUUUCUAUUUUUCUAAGUGCAUAUACUCUGACUUAAUAAACCCCAAGGUAUUAAUCAGGCAUUAAAACCUUGUUGCUUGUCGGCUAGUUCUGAAAUUAGGACCACCAAAGACGAGUGCAAUCUCAAGCCUGUGGUUUGGCAUGAACACGACGUGCAGUGGUUAUUGCAGUCAUAGGGUAGUUUGGCUGAUAGCUGAGCAGACCUUUGAAGCAUCAUGUGUUUGUCUAAAAAGGCCUGUGCCACUGGGAGAGGACUGCUGCUUGCUUAUUUACUUGCACAUGUAACGUUGCCACACUGCAUCAUGGAGUAUUUAUGUUGGUGGCUUGCUACAGCUAGUUUCUUAUUAUUGCUUAUUUGGGUGCUGAUGAAAAUGGAUUUUUGCUUGUGGAGACUGGGAGGGGACAAAUGGGAAAAAGAGAGACAUGUCUUGCAGUUGAAGAUGGUUAUAUCAUACAUUUUAAAUGAGAGGGCCACUCCUACUUUAUAACAGGACCUAUAGGUAGGUUUAGGGGGCUGUAUUUUGGAAUUGGAUUUAACUCUUCACUUAUUGCAACUUACACAUUUUUCAAACAAAUAUGUUUUUGGGUAUCCAUGUGGCUAAACAUUGCAUUAGGCUUUAAUCUCCCCUUCAUUGUACUGGUUAAAAAAAUAAAUAAAUAAAAAUAAUCCAAUUUUAGAAUUAAAUUAUAUAAAUGAAAUACAUUGUCAUGAUGUGUAUUCAAAAUGUAUAUUAAGAAGUAUCACUAAAAUUCCUGUUCCUUGUUAAAGUAAAAUAUGUAUAUUUGAUCAUGGGCAUGCCAUGCUGGCUUUUUUGAUUUCAUUGCAUUUCAUCUUUUUUGGAACAUGGUGUGCUAAUUGGGGCCACAUAACUGUCAUUAUCAUGAUGAACAUUGUGUAUUAAGAAAUAAAUAAAACAUAACAUUUAAAGGAGGAACUGGGGAUGGUUAAUAUUAAUAUGCAGAUUACUUUGAGAGGUUUUGGAUGAAGACAAUCUUAAAAAUCUCACCUGUCUCAUGAUGUAAUAGUAUUGAUAUGUCCGCAGAGAAAAUUGUAGCUGUUAAAUUGUUGGGUUGGGGUUUUAUAAUAAAGUGACCUUUUCAGAUAUCUUAUUUUUUUCAGAUAUCUUUGUAUCAGCUUGCAUAAUUCACCACAU